AUGUCUUCAAACGCCCUUCAAUGGCUAACCCUAGUGGUUAUCAUAUGGCUUCAGUCUGUCAAUGGAACAAACACAACCUUUCCAGCUUACUCCCCACAGCUCAAAGAACUCCUCUCUAUGUCUCAAGCUGAGCUAAACAACCUUUCGUUUGCCUCGGAUGCUGGGAAACUAUUUGGUUUCUUGUCUGGCAUGGCUGCUCUAUACCUUCCACUAUGGCUAGUUCUCUUGAUUGGUUCGACUCUUGGUUUCGGUGGUUAUGGUUUGCAAUAUCUCUUCAUAACACACCAAAUUUCUUCUCUUUCUUAUGCCCAUAUUUUUUUGCUCACUGUUUUGGCAGGAAAUAGUAUUUGUUGGAUCAACACCGUUUGUUAUGUUGUUAUCAUCCAAAACUUCCCUUCUGAUCGCCAAGUUUCUGUAGGAUUAACCACUAGCUAUCAAGGAUUAAGUGCUAAAAUCUACACAGUACUUGUUGAUGCCUUGUUCUUUUCUCCUGAUAAAAGAGCAGGAGCCUAUCUCCUUCUCAACUCCAUAUCACCUUUAGUAGUUUGUGUGCUGGCUGCACCGUUUGUUAGGGAUGUUAAUGUUGGAACAAGCGAGAACAUGAAAGCUGGGUUCAUAGUCAUGUUUUUGAUAACUAUAGUCACAGGAAUCUAUGCUGUUAUCAGCAGUUUGGGAUCCUUACCAAGUAGGAUACCUCCAUUAGGCAAUGUAAUUGGUAUCUCAGUGUUCCUGUUAGCCCCACUUGCAAUUCCCAUUGCAGAGAAAAUCAGAGAAGUGUUGUUAAAUGGAGAGAUCAUGAAUGUUUAUAUGGAGAAGAACGUUGGUGAUGAUCGUGUUGAGAGGAUAGAGAGUGGGAUUGAAGAGGGCGAUGAUCAUAGAAGGGAAAAUGAGGUGGGUGUGAAAGAGGAAAUUGGGGUGAUGUUGAUGUUAAAAAGAGUUGAUUUUUGGUUGUAUUUCUUCGUGUAUUUCUCUGGUGCAACACUUGGUCUAGUUUAUUCGAACAACUUGGGACAAAUAGCUGAGUCUCGUGGGUUCUCAGGGACGUCUUCUCUAGUUUCUUUAUCUUCCUCGUUUGGGUUCUUUGGCCGUCUCAUGCCAUCUUUAUUGGACUACCUUUUGUCAAGACCGGCAGCUUGUAUAGCAGCAUUAAUGGCCCCAGUGGCAGGAGCUUUCUUCUUACUUCUCAACACAGCAUAUAUCUCCCUCUACAUCAGCACUGCUAUUAUAGGUCUUUGUACCGGGGCAAUCACUUCCAUUUCUGUCUCAACAACAACUGAGCUUUUCGGCACUAGGAAUUUCAGUGUCAACCACAAUGUUGUGGUUGCCAAUAUCCCAAUAGGGUCCUUCAUUUUUGGCUACUCCGCAGCACUUAUUUAUCACAGGGAAGGUGAUGGAUAUGGCAAGUGCAUGGGGAUGCAAUGCUACGGGAACACUUUUAUCAUCUGGGGUUCAGUUUGUCUGUUUGGCACCUUCCUAGCUUUAGUCCUGUAUGCUCGCUUGCGAAAGUUCUACUCGCAUAGAUAG